UCAUAACUUUCUCUCGUGUAAAAAUUAGAUGUCAGAGGCUAUCCGAAUUUCUGGUGAAGGUCACUGUGAAUCUAAUUUUUUGCAAUAACUUUUCAUUUCACUAACAAAAUAAUGCAACAUUUUGUUAUUCGUUGUACAACCAGUGAGUGAGAUGGUGGCUAAGAAACUAUUUCUGAUAUUUCUACUGACCACUUGGAUAAGUGAUGGUGAUUCCUGCAACGAUUGUUGCCGGACGACAGUGACAACAAACUGCUGUCCAAGACCGUCUUGCUGUUCACCUUGUUCCUCAUGUAGGACAGUUUCUUGUUCGAAAAAUUGCGAUAUAGAAUGCCCAACAUCAAAUAUAUCCCGCCCAGAGCGUGAAGAGGUUAAGCCUGUACCUGCAUCUAGAUCAGUAUCACCACCAGCUCAGAUUGUUGAACCAGUGCCCUCUGAGACCAAAACAAAUAAUCAAGUAUCAAAUUCUAACCAUGUAAAUGGUACCAGUGUCAUCUCCCUCAACAAUACUUUAACCAACACUAACCAUAUACAUGUUCCUAUUAACAUAACGAAUAUUAAUACUAAUAGCAUCAAAGUUGAUGCAUCUGGUGGCUCAACCAGUUUGAUACCACAGCCAAACACACCAAUAAUACCUCAGAAUAUCCCUUCUGCACCUUCAACCCCCAAGUUCAUAUUUGUACUUGUUCGACAACCUCCUGUAUAUGCACCACAACCACCUGUAUAUGUACCACAACCACCCAUCUGUCCACCACAACCACCUGUCAAUGCACCACAACCACCUGUCAAUGUACCACAACAGCCUGGCUGUGCACCACAAACACCAGUCUAUUUUCCACAACUGCCAAUGCCAAUGCCAAUUCCACAGCAACCUCCAGUUUUUAUUGGUCCUCCUCCUCAAAAUAAUUGUUGUGGUCUACAACCCAUGGGAUGUUGCUCUAUGCGACCACAAUGUAGCUAUCUGCAAUGUCAAUUGAUGUGUUCGAGGAUAUGUUGAAAAUCUAAUGUAUUUAAUGAUAGCGUAUUCUACUUUGAAGCACCAUUAGUGUUCUCGACCUUUUUACCGUUUGUGUUUGUGAAUAUUAUCAGGAAAGUGCGAUUGACUUAUCAUAUCUUAAAUGAUGUGAAUAUGAAAUUUCAUCAUGUCUUCAGUAUCCACUCACAUUUUUUCUCUUCUAUAAUGAUUUGAGUGGAUCAUUUUAAUCAUUACUGUAUUUUUGUGAUGUAUUUGAAAUAAUGUAGAUAUAAUAUUCAGAUGUAUUUCGACAAAACAAUUUAUACCUUAGGAAACAUCAUAAUGGAUAUCCUAUCAUUCGAUGGAAAUCUAUAUCAAGAUUACGUUAUACCAUAAAUAAUAAGAUUUUCAUUUUCAUUUUAACUUCCAACAUUAUUUCGUCAAUACCUUAGCUUCAUCAGAUGAGUAUAAGAAGCUAAAGUAAUAUCUCUUUUUCUACACAAAACA